AUGGAUGUCAUAGAGACAGCAAAGCUUGAGGAGCACAUGGAAAACCAAACCAACGAUCCGGCCACCACGUACCCACGGCCCGCGGAGCCUGCCGAGGAAGAGGAGAAAAAUGGCAACGGGAAACCCAAGAGCCUACCCAACGGGCUGCGGAAGGGCGCCAAGAAGUACCCGGACUACAUCCAGAUCUCCAUGCCCACAGACUCCAGGAGCAAGUUCCCCCUGGAGUGGUGGAAGACGGGCGUCGCCUUCGUGUACGCGCUCUUCAACCUGGUCUUGACCACCGUCAUGAUCACGGUCGUGCACGAGCGGGUGCCUCCCAAGGAGCUCAGCCCGCCGCUCCCGGACAAGUUCUUCGAUUACAUCGACCGGGUGACGUGGGCGUUUUCUGUAUCAGAAAUCAAUGGGAUUAUAUUAGUUGGACUCUGGAUCACCCAGUGGCUUUUUCUGAGAUACAAGUCCAUAGUGGGGCGCAGGUUCUUCUUUAUCAUCGGAACGUUGUACCUGUACCGCUGUGUCACCAUGUACGUCACCACGCUGCCCGUGCCUGGCAUGCACUUCCAGUGCGCUCCGAAGCUCAACGGAGACUCUCAGGCCAAAGUGCAGCGGGUCCUGCGGCUGAUCUCCGGGGGAGGGCUGUCCAUGACGGGCUCGCACAUCCUGUGCGGAGACUUCCUCUUCAGCGGCCACACGGUCGUGCUGACGCUGACGUAUCUGUUCAUUAAAGAAUACUCGCCCCGGCACUUCUGGUGGUACCACCUGGUCUGCUGGCUGCUGAGCGCCGCCGGGAUCAUCUGCAUCCUCGUCGCUCACGAGCACUACACGGUCGACGUCAUCGUUGCCUAUUACAUCACCACGCGGCUGUUCUGGUGGUACCACUCGAUGGCCAACGAGAAGAACCUGAAGGUCUCUUCGCAGACUAAUUUCCUAUCGCGUGCAUGGUGGUUCCCCAUCUUCUAUUUUUUUGAGAAAAACGUACAAGGCUCGAUUCCUUGCUGCUUCUCCUGGCCGCUCUCCUGGCCUCCCGGCUGCUUUAAGUCUUCGUGCAAGAAGUACUCCCGGGUCCAGAAGAUCGGGGAGGACAGCGAGAAAUCUACCUGA